GGUCCGGGGCGGGCGCCGCAAGCGGGUGAAAGAUGGCGGAGGGUGGCUGCGCGGAGCCGGAGGAGCAGGAGCGGGGGUCUUCAAGGCCACGGCCCCCGAGUGCGCGGGACUUACAGUUGGCCUUGGCAGAAUUAUAUGAAGAUGAAAUGAAAUGCAAGUCUUCCAAGCCUGGCAGAUCUACAGCUACAGGCUUUAAGAGCCCACGAACACCGCCACAUCGGCUUUAUUCAGGUGAUCAGGAAUGUGGUGGAUUACAUAUAGUUCAGCCUCCAACUGGGAAAAUUGUGAAUGAACUUUUCAAAGAGGCAAGGGAACAUGGGGCUGUCCCUCUAAACGAAGCCACAAGAUCUUCAAGUGAAGACAAAACUAAGUCAUUUACAGGUGGAGGAUACAGAUUGGGUAAUUCCUUCUACAAGCGAUCAGAGUAUAUCUAUGGAGAAAAUCAGCUGCAAGAUGUUCAGAUUUUACUGAAGCUGUGGAGCAAUGGUUUCAGUUUAGAUGAUGGAGAAUUGAGACCUUACAAUGACCCAACAAAUGCUCAGUUUUUGGAAUCUGUUAAGAGAGGAGAGAUUCCCCCGGAGCUUCAGCGACUGGUCCAUGGCAGCCAAGUGAACCUGGAUAUGGAGGAUCACCAAGACCAGGAGUACAUCAAACCCAGACUGCGAUUCAAGGCUUUUAGUGGAGAGGGACAGAAACUCGGAAGCCUUACACCUGAAAUCGUCAGUACUCCUUCCUCCCCAGAAGAAGAGCAUAAAUCAAUACUGAAUGCAGCUGUUCUUAUUGAUGACUCAAUGCCCACUACAAAAAUUCAGAUCAGGUUGGCAGACGGAAGUCGUCUCAUACAGAGGUUCAACAGCACACACCGGAUUCUGGAUGUACGAGAAUUUAUAGUACAAUCACGUCCUGAAUUUGCAACUACUGACUUUAUUCUUGUGACUUCAUUUCCAAGUAAAGAGCUAACAGAUGAAAGUGUGACACUACAAGAAGCGGAUAUUCUUAACACUGUGAUACUCCAGCAGCUAAAAUAAUAUUGCUCCAACCCAUGUAAUAGCUUGUAGAAAGAAGUCAUGGUGUGCAUAUUGGUAAAAUAUCCAGCAUAAGACAACCAAAUUAUUUUAUUAUUCAGAUAAAUUCUGGUUUUGCUGUUAUUCUGUCUUUCAGUCUUUGUCUAGAUAAAUUUAGACUAAAGGUAGAUCUUGAUGUUUGAUUUCUUCGUUGUAGGGCUGGCUUAUAUUGAUAAUUUGUAAAUGAUCAACUUAUUACAUGCUCAGUGCUAUUGUAAUAACAUUUUCAGAUGAAAUGAACAGAACCCCUUUUUGGUAAAUGUAUUUGAUAAAAUUUGCACUCAAGUUUCUUAGUGUAGCAAUGACCAGUAGCCAGAAAGGAUCCUUUUUCUGUAAUAUAUGCCAUAGUUGUCUCCUCUGAGUUUGAAAUUGUUUGUUCAUACAACAGUUAAAAUUUUGCAUAUACUUUUUACAUGUUGUUUAAACUAUGUUAGUACCACAAAAUAUAUUUUAACCUUGUGUUUUAGAGAAUUCCAACUGUCAUAAACUGAACUUUAAUAGAUAUAAAAGUCAUUAGCUCUUGACAAGAUGUGAUAAACAGCACUUUAGCAUCAAGAAAUUAUAGUCCCUCCCAGAGCCUGUGUGGGUCACAGUCAUUCACUCAUUCAUUCAGCAGUUUUAUAGGGACUCUAUUACACAUACAGACGCUGUCGGAGGUGCCCAACACAUGAUACAUUCCUCAGUGUAUGGACUCAGUCUGAGAGACUGAGGUAAAAAUUACCAGCAAGAAGUUUGUGUUUCCCUAGUCCAGGCAUUUCUUGGGUAGCUCAGGAAAUACCAGCAUGACAGAAACGCUUGUUUGCCCCUGGGCUCCAUUCUAUCCCUGGUCACCAUUUCUCUGUUGUUGACAUAAGAAAAUACAGAAUUUGUGACUAAAAUAGCAUAGGUUUAUUGGAAGUAUGUAAUUGAAAAUGAACACACCUUCUCUGCUAGGAUCUAGGUGUUGGUGGGACUGCAUGUGGGCUCUGGAGAACCCUCCGUGGUGCUCAGCUCCAGCGGCCACUGCGCCCCUUCCCUACGGUGCUCCCGUCACCUAACAGCCAGCACUGUGUCUCUGACCUGUGAUUCAUGCUCCGGGCAACGAUGAGAUAGGAGCACAGUCAAUCCAUUGUCACUGCCCAGUGUGACCUUUAUAGGAACCUUAAUCAUUCUUCAUAGUUGUUCUCUGUUUCAGUCACGUGUUCUUAUGGUUCUGACCCCAGUCCACACGAUCUCUGAGAGUCACUUGCCAAACAAACUCACCCCAUUCAUAGGUGCUCAGGUGUCCCAGACUAUUACAUUGAUUCAGGCUCCAAAUCUUACCUGGAUUUUAUUGACUCAGAAGUCUGCUCAUUAAGAUUAUCUAAAUUAAGUAGGGUUUCCUUUCUAUCCAUGGCAGUAAACGCUAAUUGUCUGCUCACAAGUAAAUGGCAGAAAAAUUAUAAAAUAUGCUACAAACAUUGCCCUAUAAAGGGAUGCAAAGCAGUGGAGGGUGGAAUCACUGGUAUCAACAUGUGGAAUCAGCCAGACACACCAUUCACCAGCUACGGCCCAAGGUUAACGUGUAGCUGCAAAGCUCAGUCCUCUGAGUCUUGAUUGUCCCUGUCAUCUUCCUUUCACAGAAGCCACACAGCUUGGUUCUUCCUUAUCCUAUUUUACCGUGUAUUCUUCAUGCUAAAAUAGCAAAGGUCUGUCAAGAAACUUCAGGAUUUCCUGUGUGCCAUGAAGAUUAGGUCCAUUAAAUAGGACACCCUUCCAAGCAUCGUUCUGUGUAACAGAAAAGAAUCUCUACUCUAAUUUUUACUUUUUCAGAGAAAAGAGAAAGUGUCAUAUACAUAAUCUCCUCUGAGGGCCCAUUGUCUGACUGAAUAUGCAAAUCUUUUUGUUAGAGGUUGUGUGUGUGUGUGUGUGUGUGUGUGUGUGUGUGUGUGAAGCCUGAAGAUGAUGUUGGAAAUCUUCCUCGGUCUCUUUCCACCUUAUUCAGGCAGGGUCUCUCACCGUUGCACCUCGGCUGGCUAGCUGGCCUCCCUAGGGAUUCCCUGUCUCUACCUUCUGAGUGCUGGAAUUGUAGCCAACCAUCUGACCCACCCAGCAAGUCAAGCACUUUAGCUGUGAGCCAUUUGCUCCGCCCCUCCCCCCACAUUCUCUAAUUUCUCAUUUCUUUCUAUACAUCAGCUUUUCCUGACAGUGCUGUCAUUUUUUAAUAUCUUUUUUUAAAUACUUAGUUUAGACUAAGUAUUCCCCCAAGCCCUGCUUUCUCUCUAUAAAUCAUCUCUCUACACAGUUUCUAUUAUCAAACUCUAUUACAACCAGCAAAGAGAACACAAGUUAACGUUUACUUGAAAAUUCAGCUGAGUCUUAAGCUCAUCAUAUACAAAUUAUGCUUUGUAUUUGUCUGUCCAGCUGCACACUGAGACUGCAUAGAAUCCAAAGCCACAUCUACCUUUUUGGAUUGUCCCAGCAGCAGACCCACUCCCUCCUGAUUAGCCAGAAUGUGCCGGAGAGGACCUAGGGUUCUCUGGUUAUUGCAAGGAAAUGAGUUGGGAUGUUUGUUUUGUGGUCUUUGAAACAAGGUCUUGCUAUUGGCCCUGACUGGUCUGGGAUUCAUUAGGUGGACCAUGCUGACCUCAAACUCAGAUAUGCCUGCUUCUACCUCCUGAGUGCUAGGAUUAAGUCCCAUGUCAUCUGAAAGCUAAGAUUUUGAAUACUUGGAUCUGUUGCAACAAGAUCUCUGUGGAGAAUUUUUCUCAGUCAUACAGAAAACAAAGACUUCAGAAUCUUUUCCCUCCCUGCACAGGCUCUGCCCUCUUCCCUUUCCUGUGCUAAGUAUAACGUGGGUAACAGUUACAGUUCAAAAGACUGCUAAAGCCAGCCACUAAAGUGGGCACACACACCUUAUCCUACCACUAAGGAAAGACCGCUGUGACCUGGAGGCCAGCCUAGGCUAAAGUAUAAAGCUGCCUUAAAAAAAUAAAAAAGGGAAAACACAUCAUUUCCGAUGGAGCAAAAUUAGGGCUAGAGAGAUAGAAUCAAUACAUAGAACAGCAAUGAGGAACAGAGACUGCAUGCCCAGAAUCCUCGGAAAUCCCAGGUAUGGUGGCCACCUGUAGUCUCAGGAUCGCAAACAGAAGUAGUGAUAUCUGGAACCAGGGGGCUAGCUAGACCUUUUAGAUGGGAUAGUUCCAGAUUCCGCAAGAGGGUCUUCUUCAAUAAAGGACAAUCAGGAAAACGUGGUGAGCUUCAGAGCGCUAGGCACACGUAUGGGCAUACAUACUCAUGGGUUUGCCUCCUCCCCAACAUACAUGUACAAAAAAAUUUUAAGAAAUAAUACCUUAAUCAUUGUAAACAAAUGGCCAUUACCUAUUUUAAAAAUGGGAAAAAAAAUAUCUAAACCUUGUAACAUAAUUUGAAUUUUUCUUGUAGCAUCUUCAUCAUUCAUAUGGAAUGCCUACAAAUGCAUAGACAAAAGGGAUGGCUGCUGUUUUUGUGCAUGAUUCGUCUUCCAAAAGACAGACGUGUGCACUGGGACAGAGAACCUAAUGCCCACACAGAUGACUAGUGCUUCACAGCGACUCCAGUACAGGUUUUAUUGAUAAUCCACUUGCACUCUUGUCAGUGUAACUUUUAAAAUUUAUCACUAUCACAAAGCAAGGUGGCCACAAUGAUCAGUUAGAAAUGAGGACAGUUCUUUCAAAUGAUUAUGUAAUAAAAAGUUUGUAGUAUCUGCUUACAAAUAAUGAUUUCAUUGAAACUCUUUGAAUAUGAUUCUCAAAUUACGCACAUUGUGUAGGUUUGGCUUAAGUGGUUGACUGGGUUACUUUAAACUUGAGUGUUUUCAUAUGACUCAAUUUAUAUGGCUGAGUUUGCCUUUACUAUUUCUGUUCUACCACACAAAUAGAUUCAGGUACUUUUUUGACUGUUUGCCCCUGUGUAGUUCUGAAAACACUGGCAUAAAGUAUAUUAUAAGGCACAUUCAGUUUCCCCUUAAAAUUUUGUAUCCAUGUUGAUAAUAUGUAUUUGGCCAAUAUUGCCAAAAACUAAGGAAAUUUUUAUACCAUGAAAUAUCUUUAAUUUCAAUUAAAGAGUUUGUAAAAGAAGUCCUGAUGCAUAUGUAAGUUUUGUGUGUAUGCGUGUGCGUGCGUGUGUGUGUGUGUGUGUGUGCGUGCGUGCAUGCAUGCAUAUGUGUGUGUAUGUGUGUAUGUGUGUUUACAAAGUCCAGAACAAUGACCUCUGUGGCUUACAGCUAUUACCAUGUAACUUAACAGUUUUGCCUCUUAAAGACCACAUUGCCAGGAUUUGGGGGCCCUGGGGAUGCUCUUUAGAAGGUUUGGACUUGAUGGUCCCUUUUCCUUUAGUUAAAAUGUUUGUAUGGGAAGCAGACUCAGACUUUAACCCGCACCUACCUUAAGAGUUCCCUGGAAUGCUGCAGUUGAUCUCAGUGAAAGCUCCUUAAAGGAAAGACAGCAAGAAAGGAAGUCAGUGAGUCUCCACUGGUAUUGUUUUUUGUUGCAGGACCAAAUAAAUGUCUAGUUAACACAGUAGGGUGUACUUAGCAGCCUUGUACAAAAUUAGCAACACAACCCUUUUUCUGUUGACAAAUUAGGAUAUUGUCUAAUUUGCAACACCCAAGAAAGGGGGGCCAAAAGACUAAAGUGGGGGAGGGGUGACUGCCCCUGUCUUUGCUGUCCUGUCUUCCCUCUGCAGUCUGCAUUAGUUUGGUCCUGUGUCUGAGUACUGGAACAUUCCAAAAGACUUAAACGCCCUUUUUACUUUGUGCCUCUGACUUUGUUCUCUCCUCUACACAGUGUAUAUUUAUUUGAAUGUGUCUUUCAGAACACAGUUAUAAAGGGUCCCUUUAUGUGGUUUUCAUUUUUAAAAUCUUCCCCAUUUUAUUUUGAUUUUUACCUCUAUAACAAAGUCUUAAUUCCUUGCUAACUUUGCUGCUUUUAUUUUAGGGUGAUCACUCAUUUUUAGUGUUAUGCACCAAUUUGUGUUAAUUUAAAAGUGACAAAUAUAAAUAGUGCAUACUUUUAGGAAAUGGUAGACUUGAAAAUUAGAUUGUGAGCAUAGUUGAGAACAAAUGGACAAAACUCCUUUCAGUAUCCUGGAAUUUGUACUGAGGUUUAAAUCUGUAAGAGAAGUAAUGUCUUAAAUGUUCUUGUUUUCUGUAGUUGUUGUAUAUAAUGUUAAGUUCAACAUUUCAAGGCAUGAGGUGUUUCUUUUUAUUCAUGUAAUAAAGCUGUAUGCAAAUACCAUGUUUUAUGUUUAUAAACAUGCAUAAUAAUGAGUCUGGGAAUGCCCCCUUAAAACAUAAAUAUUUAUAUGGAAAUGUUUGAAAUAUUGUACACAUAGGUACUUUAUAGCAAUUCAAACUUUCUUUCUUUGUAUUCUGUAAUAUUAAGCAUGUAUGCCACUCCUUUUUGAUAAAGAGACAUAUCUUAGAGAUGUGUGGGUUCUUAUUGAGGCCUUACUGAGAUCAGUAUUCUCUACUACCAUGUUAUAGUUAAUGUCACUGUAUUGUAUAGCUUGUCGUGAUCUUAGCUUAAUAAAUGCAGUUUGUCCAGAGAA